UAGGAGAAUAGAGACUCUUUACAAGCAUCUAAAUGUCAAACCAAUCAAAGGAUUAUGGGUACACUAAUAUAAACAAGAACCAGGAAAGAAGCCUUCUGGUUGGACCAACACCCACUGGGGAGGGUAUAUAAGAGCCUCAAAGCAAGAGGAGACAUUCACACCUUAGAAGCCUCAUCUGUUGUUACAACCAAAGCAAUUAAAAACACAGAUUCCCAACGUCAUGGCUUGCUGUGUGCCCUGCUGCUGCAGCGUCCCCACCGGCCCCGCCACCACCAUCUGUUCCUCUGACAAAUGCUGCCGGUGUGGAGUCUGCCUGCCCAGCACCUGCCCACACACGACUUGGUUACUGGAGCCAACCUGCUGUGACAACUGCCCCCCACCCUGCCACAUUCCUCAGCCCUGUGUGCCCACCUGCUUCCUGCUCAACUCCAGCCACCCCACCCCAGGCCUGGAGACCAUCAACCUCACAACCUUCACUCAGCCCUCCUGUGAGCCCUGCAUCCCAAGCUCCUGCUGAAUGAUGGCUGCUUUGCUCCGUGCCUGACAAUGAAGGACCCGGAAGGUUUAGCGUUCACCUAUUUCAGUACCUGCAACUAAUUGCC